AUGUACCAAAGGUUGAAAUCGUCUUCAUCGAAUCUCAUCUUUUCACCAAUCAGCAUCUUCCUUUCCUUAUCAAUGACGUCAUUAGGAGCUCGUGGCUCCACCAAGUUCCAAAUCAACCGUUCUCUUCGCCAAGGCAACAUGAAACGCUUUGUACAUCAAGCUUCGCGGAUACUUCUCAGCAAGAUGCCAGAGAGCACCGGAAACAUAACUCAUCAACAAGCAAACGCCAUUUUUGUCAGACGACCAAUACCGAUCCAGAAUUCGUUCAAAACACGAGUUGCAAGAUAUUAUGAAACGGAAAUAUACAAUUUGAGCACGUGGUAUCCGGAGCGCGAGAUUAACCACUGGGUGGAGCGGAGGACGGAUGGGCUACUGAGUGACUUCCUGUCCCCUGGGUCUCUCGGGGACUCCUUCAUGAUGUGGAUCAUCAACGCAGUGUUCUUCCGCGGAACGUGGGCCAAAAUUUUUGACUUUAGACAAACGAGGCAGAAGUCGUUUACGCGGGAGAGUGGCAUGACAACCCGAGUGGAGAUGAUGGAAAUGAUCGAAUCUUUCCCGAGCUACCGAAUGGAGAACAUGCAAACUUCCGUAUUAGAGAUCCCGUACGUCGGCGGACAAUACAGCUUUUUCAUCUUUUUACCGGAUACUCACAACGGCCUGCAGAGGUUAGAAUCCGAAAUGACUCACAGGCUGUUGGAGUCCGUUAUGACGAACAUGGAACCUCCAAAACGAUUCUCCAUCCAAAUUCCUAAACUGUACUUGGACAAUUCGUUGGAUUUGGAAGGAACACUAAAGGAAAUGGGAAUAACGAAAUUGUUUGACGCUAAUGACGCCAAUAUUGCGGGCAUUUCAGCUAAUAACGACCUGUUCGUGGAUAGCGUCAUUCACAAAUCCGUCCUGGAAGUUAACGAGUUCGGUACGACUGCCAUGACGGUUAAUCGGGUGUCUGUAAGUGUCAAGACGACCGUCCCUCAAUUUAUUGCCAAUAGACCCUUCAUGUUUAUAGUCCGUAACAAAAAAUAUAAAAUUAACAUGUACAUGGGUCGUUUCGCCUACCCUUAA